AUGAACAUUAGCUGAAGUGAUGUGAAUACGUUCGGAUUACCUCAAGUAAUGUUACAUUUACCUGAGGUGAUGUUACCUUGCCUGAGCAGCAGGAGAUGGGCGACUUCCGAGACAUCAGAGGCUUCUUCACCAAGGCCGAGUGGAGCGAUCUGGCCGAGUGCGAGAAGCGGCGCUACAGGAACAUCAAGCAGAACCACGCCGUCCUGCUGAACCUCGGGAUGAACCCGGCCCAGCCCGAGUUCAUGCGCGCACGCGGCAAGCGCAGGGCGAGGGGGAAUGGAGCGGAGUGCGGGCGGUCGAGCGACUCCGACGAGGAGUGGACGGGGAGGAGGAAGAGGAAGGAGGUGGCGAUGCACGGAGGACGAAGAGGCGGAGGCAAACGUAAAAGGGCGCUUGCAGACCGUGCAGAGACCCCCUGUAGACUUACACAGAGACCCCCUGUAGACCCACUGUAGACUCACACAGAGACCCACUGUAGACUCACGCAGAGACCCCCUGUAGACUUACACAGAGACCCCCUGUAGACUCACACAGAGACCCCCUGUAGACUCACACAGACACCCCCUGUAGACUCACACAGAGACCCCCUGUAGACUCACAUAGAGACCCCUGCAGACUCACACAGAGACCCAUGUAGACUCACACAGAGACCUCCUGUAGACUUACACAGAGACCCCCUGUAGACUCACACAGAUACCUCCUGUAGACUCACACAGAGACCCCAUGUAGACUCACACAGAGACCCCUGUAGACUCACA